UUGAACAUGGACAUGCUUCUUGCACACAUACUCUCCUAAAGAGACACACAGGUGAGAGACAGGCAUAGUGAGACAGAGACACUAGUGGGAGGGACCCUGGUAUAGAUUGAUGUGUGUGAGUAUUCUGAGUUCACUGACCCCAACCCCCACCACCACCACCACUGUAUGACACACAACUGUUACAUACAAACACACUGGGUGGGGCAUCGUGGCAGCAAUAAAUGAUUGGAUUAAUGCUUGGUGUCUACAGCAGCCCUCAGGGAUAUAAGACUACCACAGUGGACAAACCUCACAUGCUCAGAGCCACUAUCAGAUCCCGCCCCUCGGACUCCAACCAGUCUGGCCAGCAGCAGAGCCAGGACCAGCACCAGAGUCAGCCUUUCCAGCACCAGCAGCAGCGCAGACCAAACCAGCAGCAGCACCAGCCAAGCCUCAGCCCCAAGCUUCUCUACCAACCAAGCCUUCGUCCCAAGCCGGUCUACCAGCCAAGCCUCAGUCCCACUCCUGUCUAUAGGAGACUCAUAACCUGGCAGCACAAGGACAACACCAAUACAGACAGCAACACCAUCAAGACCAACAACAGCUCUCACAGUAACAGCAUCAAGAGACAGGUGGACAUGACGUCCCAGAACGUGUUUGGUCAGCCACGUGUCCUGGCCUCGCUGCGGGGACCUCCCUCUCCGCGACAGACCCGCAAGACAACAAAUCUAGAGGAGGAACUGAGGAGGCUCAUCAUACCGGACAACACAUCAGAGGACUCAGGGAGGGAUGCAUACUGCCGUCAUAGCCUCUCUACAGAGAUCAGUCUAGACAGUGGUCCCCUGGACUAUAGUCUUGCCUGUUCCCCAGUGUCUGACUGCCCAGGGUUGGUGGGGCUGGAGGACCUGUCUGCCUCUGAGUUGUCCCUGACAGAGGGCUGGGACUCUGGGCACAUCCCCCUACCGGACCCUGCCGGGAGCCUGGAGUGGAGCAACCUAGUCAACGCUGCCAAGGCCUAUGAGGCACAGAGGACAGUGGAGCCCAUUCUCCCCAGCAAGCCCAUUAAGCAUGGAUCAGAGGGUGGACCCGCUGCUUGCCCACCCAAUUACUACACUCCUCAGGGAUACAAUUCCCAGCCCGCACUAAGAAGUGAAGUGCCCAGUGAUCUGUCUGAUAGACUUCACCACCUGGAGGUGCUGCUGAGACACUUGGAGAGCAACCUGGAGAAGGAGAGGCAGGACAAGAUGGCCCUGAUGGAGGAAGUGACGAUUCUGAGGGAGACCAACCAGCGCCUGUGGGAGGAGUCUCUUUCCUCCAAUGAAAAGUUCUGUAAACUCAGACUUGUUCAACGUGGACCCAGGAAUGAUGCCUAGAGAGAGUAUGACCAACAACACUAAGAGGAGAGAGGGAUAACUUGAACAGAGGGGUGGAGGAAAACAUUGUUUUAUGUUAUUGUCUGCAAAAUGUAGAUAUACAGCACCAGUCAAAAGUUUGGACACACCUACUCAUUCAAGGGUUUUUCUUU